GUUGUGGAGAGUUGUCAACGCAGUGACACGCGAACCUUCUCGGAUUUCUUCUGUUUUCUCUACCUCCUCACCCCACUUCCACUGCCUCCAAAAAAAAGUAGCACGGCUUACUAUAUGUAGACGAUCUUUUUAUUAUUAUUGGAAGUUUUCACUCUCGCGCAAACCAACAAGCAAACAAACAAACCCAACCAAAAAAUUAUGUCAGCUCCCAGCGCAAACGCGGAAGGGACGCUGCCGCCCACUACGGAGAACGUGUCCGAUAUCGUCUCUGCCAUUCAGCGCGUGUUGGAGGAGCACCACGUGAGUGACGCACGAUUCGUCUUGGAGCUCCCCAACGGCCCCUCUCUUGUCCCCGCCACCGGCACGGCGGCCGGAGGACACGGCAGCUCGGCAAAUAACAGCCCACGCGCGAGGAACACGAACCCCUGCAGCGGCUUGGAGGGACACGCCGGCGCUGCUGUGACAACACUGGUGGACAUGCGAGUCACGCCCGCGGCGGCGCCGCCAACGCUGCCGGAGCAUCACCGACCACCACCGCGUGCGCGCAGCGCCUCUACCGAGCCAGCACUCCCACACGCGCUGUACCCCGCACCCCCGCAGGCGGGCGAGGCAUCCCGGAAGUCCCCACCCCAUCAGCCGUUAUCCAUCUUGGUGUCCACGCCCACCACCGCGACCUCGUUCGAGCACAGCGCGCAUCGGUUGGAUCAGACGUCGCGACCGCCACCUGGCACCGACCCCAUCGCCAUCCCCACCGUGAAAGAGGACGGGGGAACGCCCUCGCUGAUGUCGCCGCUGCAGUACUCGUUGAAGUCCACGGAGUCGCCGGCGACGCCCAUGACGACAGACCGCACCGACCGGCCGAGUCAAGUCGCCGGCCAGGCGGACAAGGGAGAGGAGACGUCAUCACCCGGUCCACGCCGCGCUGCUGACUUGGCGAAUGAGUUAGCGGACCUGCGCCGGCUGUCGCACGAGGUGGCGCAGGAGGUGGCCGCUGUCGACGGCAAGACCAAGUCGAAAGAGCCGCUGCAGACCUUUGUGGGCCGCAGCGCCAUCCUCGAUGACCGCCGUAAGCGCCAGUCCGCCUCAUCCGCCACCUCUCAGUGGUCUCCGUCGAACGGGCUUCCCCUCUUUCCCACUCCGCUCCCACCAGGUGCUACAUCGCCCACCCCUUCCGGGCCGGCCCACCGGUCCUCUGGUCCCCAGCCGCCGCCCAGCCUGAAGAACGGCGGUGGGGCGGGAGCUGCAGCCGGCAGUGGCGGAGGAGGCAGCAGCACCAGCACGGUCAGCCUCGUGUUGAGCAACAACAUCGAUUCCCUCCCGCAGCCGCGUCCGCCGGUGCCGGCGCGACGCAGCGUUGUGCUGGUGGCCUCGCCGCUCAGCAAAGUAGCGGGGGCCUCCGGUGGCGGGGGCUCGUCGACCGGCAGCGCGGGCAGCACUGGCAACGGCGGCGGCAACACCACCACCGUCACCGUGACGGUUCCGCCGGCCGGCUCGCUGCCUUCGCUGGUGGCGGUGAAGAAGUCCGCUAAACCGGGUCGCACGCCCGUCUUCAGCAUCCUGAACAAGGACGGCAGUCGUCUGUUGGAGGGCGGCGUUGGUAACGGCGGCGGCAGCAGCAGCAAUACCACCGCCUCUGCGGGCAACGUCAACCACACCAGCAAUACGAAUACUGGCGGUGGAGGUGUAGACGUCGCCGCCCAAUUGCUGACGCCGCCGCGUGUGAAGGGCGGGACGGGAAGCGCCGCCUCCAGCACCGGCGCCGCCGCCCCCGCCAGCCACCACUCCCGCCCCAGCAACGUCUCGCUGAUGGCCGACGACCGCGAUCCCCCCUCGCCUGUUUUUAAGCCGCUCGUCGGCACGGCCGCGGAGGAGCAGGCUUGUCAGCACCCAAGCAUCCUGGUGCAGUCUGCACAGCAGCAGCAGCAGCACACACGUCUCCCGACCCCGCCGGAGGCACCGGUCAGCGCCGCUGCGUCCACACCCACUCCUGUUGCCGCUUCGAAUCCCACUCCCGCAGUGGCAGCAGCAACACCGCCUUCGGAUGCCUCCUCCCCGCCGCUGCCCUCGCUCCAGUGGACAGAGCAGAGCCGUGAAAACACACGUCGGGCGCUGCAACUGCAGCGCCAAUCGCGGCUGUCCCAGACGACGGAGGCGUUGCGCGGCGCUGAUGGAGCUGCCGUCGGAGGCAGCGAAGCCGACCCAGCCGGCAUGCCGCAACGCCGUCUUGUCAGCCCGGCGCUCGGUAAGGCGGCGACCACGUCGAGCGGAUCGACUCCAGCGCCUUUUCCGUCGCUGCCGCCAACGUCGCCCGCUACUUUUCCGUAUUCCACCGCACCGACAGCCAACAACGCCGCGACGGCUUCCGUAGGCAGUGGAUCAUCUCCGUCGACUCCCAGCCGGCCGUCGCUGCGAGAGAUGCUGUUGGAGCAGCAGCAGCUGGCGAACGCGAGUCGCCGCGGCAUGGAGCAGCACGCCAAACUCAUGCAAGCGGCGCACACCGCACGUGCCAGCCUCACGACGACGACCACACCGACGAAGCCGCCGUCGUCUGCCCUUCGCCCGACCACCACCUCCUCUGCCUUCUCUAUGCCACUCCGCGCCGUCAACGCCCCUGCGACCGUCGCAGCACCGGUGUACGUCUCGCACCCCGUUCUGGUCGUUCCGUCGUCCGAGGAAUCUGGUGGCAGCGAUGCCAGAGGAGUGGGUCUGCCUGCCACGUUCAGCACGCCAAUGGGCACCGGCAGCAACGCUUCCACCAGCCCGCGCCCCGGUACGAGCGGCGGCUCUGGGAUUCAGGUGAUGAAGAUCACGCUUCCCCACGACGCGGAUGCCAGGCAGUCGGCGGUGCAGCAGCUCUGCCGCAGCUCGUCAGGCAGAAAGUACGUCGACAGUAAGGAGCGCUAUCGUGCCUUGUUGGCGAACCAGAAGGAGGACCUCACGAGCAAGGAUGAAAAGGAGGAGAAGUACAAGGACUUGCUGUCACGAGCGGUGGACUACAACCGGAUGCAGCAUCCUCAGUAG